CUACUUACCUUUGACCAUGUUCGACGAAUUUGUCGAGCACGUCGCGCCAGCGACCGGAUUCUCGCAUGCAAAGUUGCCCCAAGUCCAUUACGAAGGCUUUGAGCUUUCCCCCUCUGAUGACGACGCCCUCGUCGAGGCACACGGUCUAGGGAGCGCGGACGACGGUCACUUCCCUAACUCCGAGUCCGCCGGCCAGCCGAUAUUCGACCUCUGUCCAGUCCAGUACACACUCCCUGCACCGCUAGUUUCCCUUGCCGUAUCGUCGGAUAAAAUGGCUAUGGGUCUUGCUUCCAACGUCAUAGUACUCAUUGAGCUUGCCCACCCGGAACAGAUUCUUCAGAUACCCAUUCCCCGUAAGCCGACGGAGAUGUCACUGUACAAGAUAUUCCUGGAUCCCUCCGGUAGACAUCUCGUCAUUACAUCACACCAGGGAGAGAAUUGGUACCUUUUUCGUGGGUGGAGGAAGCCUAAACAGCUCAAGUCCUUCAAGAUGGUUAUCGAGAGCAUCGCUUGGAACGAGUCCGCACUCCUCUCUUCCCCUCAUUCCACGUCGACGAGGGAAUUAUUAGUUGGUGCUCGAAACGGCGGGAUAUAUGAAGCUGUCCUCGACGCAGCGGAGGACUUCUUCAAAUCUCAAGAACGUUACUUACAUUUGCUUUUCACAUUGCCCGAGAAAACUCCAAUAACUGGGAUUAGGCUUGACGUGUUCCCACCACCAGAUCCAAAAACUGCCUUAAUCAUCGUAACGACUCCUACGCGGAUAUACCAAUUUGUUGGUUCCCCAGACCGACGUCCAGAAGAAAGUGGGCGCAUGUUCUUAACCUUGUUCUCCGCAUACAAAGAAACCGUACCCAAGAUUUCCGAGUUGCCUGGAAAUUUAAUCUAUUCGGAACUGCACUUUUUUAGGCCAAGCGACCAAGCGUUCUCCUUGCCCAAGUCCCUUGCAUGGUUGACUGCCCCAGGAAUAUAUUAUGGCACACUUAAUUUCGAACAGAACGUUGACGAUCACAUCGAUUCUACACAGUUGUUCCCUUAUCCAUCGUUGUCACAACAUUCGACGUCGACAGCAUCACCACCCCCGCCGCAAGUGCCGCUAUCGAUUGCACUCACAGAAUUCCACCUGGUCUUACUAUACAAAGACCGUCUCACGGGUAUAUGCACGCUUAAUGGCAAGCAGAACUACGAGGACACUGUGUCCUCUGGUAAGAGACCAAAUGAAGUGGUCCGAGGAAUAGCCGCAGAUCCGGUGCGAAAGACAUACUGGGUUUAUACAGACCAAUCCAUAUUCGAACUUAUAGUCAGAAAUGAGAGCCGAGACAUCUGGCAAAUAUUUUUAGGACAGCAAAAGUUUGACGUUGCGCUUCAAUAUGUUCAGACUGCCUUGCAACGGGAUCAAGUGCUCUCUGUACAGGCGAGAACUUUCUUCGACGAAGGGCGAUUUUUCCAGGCAGCGCAAUACUACGCACAAUGUUCAGUCCCCUUUGAAGAGGACUUGACCCAGCGGAUGAUGCUAGCAACGUGGCUUGUCGAGUUCUAUCUUAGCAAGUGCGACGAGCUCGAUGACUUUUGUGCAGCGGAGACAGCAACUAGCGACGUGCAAAAUGUGGAAACGGAACGGAUUAUCCUUGAAGAAGACCUACGGCACUUCUUCGAAGCAUACAAAUCAAACCUUGACCGCGAUACCGUAUACGAGCUAAUCCAAGGUCAUGGACGAACAGAUAUGUUACUCUUCUUCGCGACGAUCGUUGGUGACCAUGAGUACGUCAUCCAGCAUUGGGUACUCGAGGAGGAAUGGUCGAAGGCAAUUGAUGCUCUCAACCGUCAGUCAGACCUCGAGUCGUACUAUCGAUUCGGUACUGUUCUCACGAGACACGCACCUAAGGAAAUGGUGGAUGCUUGGCUUCGGCAACCAGCUCUUGACCCCCUGCGACUUAUACCCUCCCUCCUACAGCUGCAGCACGCCCCAAGGGAUGCGUUGUCGUCGAAUCAGGCUGUCAGAUACCUUAACCAUGUCGUAUUCCAACAAUCGAACACUUCCUCCAUCAUUCACAACCUUCUGGUAACCUUCCAUGCAAUACUCUCCCCGGCUCCCAGCGAUGACGGUCCACUUCUUCGAUUCCUGACUACGGCUCCUUGUGACCCGUUGACGGGAAAGCCAUAUUAUGACUUGGACUAUGCUCUGCGGUUAUGCAAAGGGGCAGGCCGCAUCCAAGCCUGUGUACACAUCUACGCGAAGAUGGAGCUUUACGAGAACAGUGUGGAUCUCGCACUUCAGAAAGGCGACCUAGAGUUGGCCAAGGUCAAUGCCGACAUGCCGGAAAAUGACCUUCCACUGCGCAAGAAGUUGUGGUUGAAAAUCGCGCGGUACGUCGUACAGGAUAAGAAAGAUAUUAAGUCGGCUAUGCGCUUCUUGGAAGACACGGACUUGUUGAAGAUAGAGGAUAUCUUGCCCUUUUUCCCUGAUUUCGUUGUCAUUGACGACUUCAAAGAAGAGAUCGCCCAUGCUUUGGAAGGUUACUCGGCUCACAUCGACGAACUAAAGAGGGAAAUGGACGAAGCAACGCGCACGGCAGAAUCCAUCAAGGAAGAUAUAGCCGAGUUGCGCGGCCGGUUUGUCACCAUCGCCGCCGAGGAAGCGUGUUCUGUCUGCGCGCAGCUGUUGUUGACCAGACAAUUUUAUGUUUUUCCCUGCCAGCACACUUUCCACACGGAUUGCUUGGUUGGUUUGGCUAGGGAGUGUCUACCUACUCACGCUCUAAGGCGUGUUCUCGCACUACAAACGGAACUAGUCAAAGAAAGUCAGACAGGCGCAACCGAGCGUUCCACAACAGGAACCGUUGAUGAACAAGUGAGACAACCUGUACGGCAACGUACGCUGCUAUCAACCAAUUUCGUGGGCCCUGCUUUCCAGAACGGUACAAAAGCAGUAGCCCCCCUCGGACGCAACAUACUAUCUGCAGGGGACAAGUUACGAGACCUCAUUAUCCCUGAUGCGCUUGCGGCUGUAGCUACGGCUCCGGUUGGAUGGAUACCUGGCAUGGGUCUUGCGGGAGGAAAGAAGUCUGGAUCCGACAAGGAUGCUGAGAAGCGAACUGAAAGGUUACGUGCUGAAUUGGACGACAUACUCGCGAGCAGUUGCCCCAUGUGUGAGAGUGUCGUUGCUGGAUUGGACAGGCCGUUUGUUGACCCUGGAGAGAUGGACACGACGUGGGUAUUGUAAAUAGCCUCUUUUGAUCAUCGAAUAUCGACGCAAGUAUGGUGAGUAUCGACAUGGAUUGCAUACAGAAUAACCUGCGUAGAUUACAGUAGCACAGUACAUUGGGAGAGAAUCAACCCUUGACUUUCUUCGACCGCCCUGCUUUUCGACGAUGUCUGGCCGCUUUUCGGGCACUCAUCUAGGAGCGGUGAAAACUAAGGCGGAAGAUUGAGGAAAGAGGCCUUACCUUUGCCUUUUCUUCUUCCAAUCUGCAACGUUCUUCCGCUGCUUUUUUACGUUCCGUGGUGAUCUCUCGCCGUCUACGCUGAAACUGAGUCCCUCGGGCAUCUCAACCUAGUGCUACCACUGACCUUUGCAGUUCAGCCCGCCUUUCUUCCUUGAGCUCAUUUUCUAGCUUUUUGAUAGCCUUCCCCCUCUUAUUCCUUUCCAUUCGC